AUGGCGACGAGCACUAUGGCCGCGACUCCCGGCCCGAGCCCGAGUACCUUCAUGGCCGCCGGCAACGCCAUGAUUCCGGCGCCGAUUAUGGUGGUCGACAGGUUGAGAACCGCACCUGUAAAGGAAGCCCCAUUAAAUUCUUGGCGAUUAAAGCUGUUAUUGGCAUUAAUGGGUUCUGUUUUUUGGGGGAGUAUUAGAGGUGCUUUGAGGGUCAUGGCUCGAAACCCAGCAAUGUGCUGUCAUCAAGUAAUGCCACGCAUUACACCCUAUCUAGUACUCGAUUUGAAGUAUGAGAUCCCAAGAUUCAGAGAAUUUAUACUUAAAGAGGAUAACGAGAAAUCUCCGAUGAUAUAA